AUGCUUUUCUUCAAGCUAUACCUCGCGACCUACCUCGCCGGCGUCAUCGCUGCCCCUGUUCAGAGCGAAGAAUCCCUCGCCAAGCGCGAGUCGGACAGCCCCGAGUACAACAGUAUUUCCUAUGUUAUCAGCAAGGAGAAGCGCGAGGAAGAUGGCGCCGACGGCGCUACGUAUUACCCGCGCCUUUACUUGAUCGGCCCAGAAGGAGAAAAGCGCAAGGCCUUCCCCGAGGAGGAAAAGCCAUCGUAUGCCGAACUUGGGUAUGGGCUUAGCAAGGAAGAGGACUCGGAGUAA